AUGAUUGAAGUAAAAUCAAUGAAUGAGGAUCGUGUCCGAAAAAUAAAAUCAACUGCACAACUUGAACAAGAUCGGUUGCUAGCUACAAUACGCCAGUUACAAAAAGAGAAGGCAAUGGUUAGUCAUAAUACUAAACGUCGUAAAAUUAAUAACAAUCUGUUAAAAAUUACAAACCGACAUUCUUUGUCUUCGACAGCCUUAUUCAAUCCAGAUUCGCCGCUUAGUUUGGGCUCUGCGAAACGAGUUACCAAGCCUUCAGUACUUGAAAGCCAACGUAAAGAACGCGGAGGCGAAGAAACAAUGUCUUACUCAGAUCGAAUAUCGAAAAAUACACUGGACUCAACAAGUUCAGUUAAAAGGCAACUUACACCUGACAGUAUUGGUGUACAGAUUUACGACGAAGACUCAAACUUAGCACCUCAACGUACAGUUACUUCUGGUGUCAAACAAAACAACUCAAGUUCACCAAAUAAUACUCCAAGUAUAUCAUCCGAACCUCCUACAGAUGAAGAAGAAACAUCUCAACCGUAUCAUUAUGAUCUUCAAGAAAUAUCUGGAAAAAACCCUCUUGGGUUGGAUACGCCAUCGGAGUCUGAAAAUGAAACACCCGACUGAGACUCUUCGUAAACUAUCAAUAUUUUGACUCUCCACUUCUGUUUCACAUAAAAAACGUAGGCAAUUACUUUUUUUAUAACACACCACUAGUAAGACUUUUAAUUGUCAAGUGGUCUGUUUUUAUAACGUCAUUGUCACAUUCAUUUUUGCUUAUUGGCUUGAUUCAAUCAUUCACACACUUCUUAUAUGGAAAGUAUGACAGUUCUGUUUGUUUUAUUUAAUUAGUUUAGGAGGGAGUUAAAUUUCACUCCCUCUAAAUAUAAUGUCAUAUACUUGUAUAUUCAAUUAAAUGUAUCAUGUUGUUUCUACGUUCUACAAACAAUUCAGAAUAACUAAUUGUUUGUAUAUUAUCUAAAAACAAGUCAACUCACAAUAAAUAUAUCAUUUGCAGAUUUAAAACUAGUCCUUUUGAUAGUUUUGAUGAUAUUCAUGUUCGCGUUACGCCAUUGAAUGCGCAUAUCGGUUAUGAUUUCCCUUGAAAAUUCGUCAAUCCGCAAAUGCACUUGUCACUGAUUCUCACUAGCAAUCAACCCUGAAGAGUUUCACUAGUCAGCACAUAAUUAUCAGUAUAGGGUUGUGGAGCCUGUUCAGUUCACAUUGAUAUCAUCAACGGUGGAUGAAUGUUAGAGCUGGAAGUAGUGAACUGCCGUUUGGUCGUAGUAUGGGACUGGUGAGCAGUAGGUAUGGACGAUGCCACACGUGCGACUGGAACGCACCUUAGGUCUCACGUGUCCAGUCUUACUUAUUGUCUGUUUUUCGUGUGUAAAAUAAAUCACACGUAAAUAUAUUGAAUGGGCUUUCUAA